AUGGAUUCAUCUUAAACAAAUUUAAAAGAUAAAAUUUAGAACGAAUAGGACACACUAGCAGAUCCCAACAAAUAACCUACUGAACCAGCCAGCGAAGAAAAAUCUUAAGAAGAAAUACUUGUAAAAGCUGAAUAAGAAGAAGAAGAAGUAGAAGAAGAGGAUGAUGAAGAUUAAAGCGAAUAAAGCUAAGAAUAAAGUAGAAUUUAGAAUAAUUUAAAUUUAUUCCCAAGUUAUAUUCCUCCCUACCCAUAUGGCUUCCCUCACCCUAUGAUUCCCUACUUUAAAAAUUCAAUUUUCGAAGAAAUGCCUCCUUUUGAUUCUUUUAAAUCUGGCGGCAAAAUGACUAAUAAAGAUAAUUUUGAAAGAGAUUAAUAGCAAGAAAAUAAUGAGGAAGAGUUUCAGCAAGAGGAGUAGAAAAGUUUGGCUUAAAUGUAAAAUGAAGCAAACGAAUAGUAGUCAACUAAUCCAGCUGAAAGAUCCCAACAAGCUGAAAGGCUUUUGUAAGAAUAUAUCAAUUAGAUAUCUUAGAAGGGCAGUAUAUUUUAAGUUAUUGACAAGCAAAUAGAGGCAUCUUGUAGAUAUCCACAGUAUUUGCAUAACUAGAAUACCACACCAAUCUAAUCAGCAAUGCAAAAGAUGCAAAAGAUGCUAAAUGAUUUUGCCUCGUCAGCAGAAGGAGGAAGGAAGAGAAGUGGUUAAGAGCUAGACGAAUAAUCUAGCUAGCCAAAAAAAUAACUAAAAUAAUCAACAGAUUAAAUAAAUAGCAAUUAGAAUUAAAAUGAAACAAAUGGAGAUAAAAUUGAUCACUUAGAUGAAAAUUAAAACGAAUAGAGCGUAGAAGAUGACGUGAACGAAAAUAUAGCUAAUAGUGAAGAAGAUAACUUGAAUUAAGUUGACAAAAAGAACGAAAAUGAAAAUAGCAAACAUGGAGAAGCUAUUGAAGAAGAGGGCUAAGAACAAGAGUAAUAAAAAAGUUAAGAAGUAUAGUAAAAUAAAUUAGAAAACAAUUUAAAAGAAGGAGAUAAUAAAGAAAAGCUUAACCACGAAAGCGAAUAAUAAGAAGAAGUUCAAAAUAAUAAGGAAUAAAUAGCAGGAACAGAGGGGGAAAUAAAGUAAAAGGAAGUUAGUUAAUUGGAUAACGUGCAAAAUUUAAAUGAAAAUGGUGAAUUAGAAAUAGAAUAAGAAGGGGAUAAUAAUAUUAAUGGGCAACAAAGAAAAUAAUCUCAUGCGAUUUCUUCUUCUUCAUCUGACUGUGUUUUGGAAGUAUCUGCAAACAAGUAAGAAACUGUUAAUGGUUCAUCAAAAAAGCAAAAAAAGAAUUAGGAAAAAGAGAAGAAUAAAAAUGCAAACAAAGAUAGCUCAAAGCGCUAAAAUUAAAUUAAUUCUGCUGAAAAAUUAAACAUAAAAUCAGAUUUGUUGAAUCUUUAAAACGCUACAGCAUUUUAAAACUUAGUCCCUUUGUUAGGAUAAGGAAAUCCUCAUUUGUAUCCACCAUUUGGAGCUGAUAUCAUGCCUCCUCUUUACUUCCCUCCUCCCACUCACCCUUUAACAGAAGCUCAAUUAAGCUAAUUUUAUCCUCAUUUAUUAUAAAAUUCUUCAGCAGCAGCAGCAGUCUCUGGUUCUUAAUAGCCAAGCUCUCCACCUGGUCCAAUCCCUUUUCCUCCCCCUUCAAUGUAAAGUAACCCUCUAUUUCUAUAAAUGUUAAACCAUUAAAUGAUGCAACACUCCUUCAGAGAAUAUCCUCCAGAAUUAAGCUUAUACCCACACGCAGCUGCUUUAAAUCCUUAACAGAAAUAAGCUGACUAGAAGAAAGAAAAGAAGGAAAAGAAAAAAGAAAAAUUGAAAUAGAUAGCAAAUGAAGCAAAGCAAAAAGAAUAAUAAAAUUAAAGUAGCAACAAUGUGAGCGUAGACUGA